AUGUCUUCCAAAUCAUAUUUUGUCGCCGGCGGCAACAGGGGCAUCGGCCUCUCCUUAGUCAAAGAAUUGAGUUCUGACGCGAAAAACACUGUUGUGGCCACAGCUAGAAACCCAAACACCGCCAGUGAUUUGAAAGAUUGGGCUAGCAAACACCCAAACGUGAAAAUCGUGCAAUUGGACGUCACCUCUCGCAGCAGCGUUGAAGCAGCUGCUAAGGAAGCUUCUGCUAUUCUUACAGAUGGUCUGGACACUUUGAUCUCGAAUGCUGGAUUUUUGCAAAAAAUAGGUCCUGUUUUGGACCACCCCGAUGAACUUUACAUCGAGCACUUCAACAUCAACACUGUGGGUCCCAUUAGAUUGGUCAGAGCGUUCAAACCGUUGCUGGACAAAAAGGACACCAAAGAAGUUGCCGUGGUCACUUCUGUGGUGGGGUCUCUCAACAUCGACCUACCAGCACCUUUUUCAGGUUACGGAGUUUCCAAGGCUGCUGCCAACUACGUUGUAAAGGCGUUGAUCCAAGACCUCUCGCCAGCUGGGUAUAGUUUUGUGGCAAUCCAUCCCGGUCUGGUUGGAAGUGAAAUGGGUGACGACUCGUUGGUUCAGCUUGGUGAUGAGCGCGCCGGCGAACUCAGGAAAGCAUUGCCGUAUCUCACCACCGCGGAAUCUGCAAAGGCCAUAAACGAGAACAUUUUGAAGGACCUGAAGUCUAAAAACGCAGGCACGUUCAUGAGCUACGAUGGCAGUGAGCUUCCGUGGUAA